AUCACUCGAGUCAGCGUAAUUCUUACAAUACUGGACUAGAUGCUUCCGUGACACCUCGUCUGACUCUUCAUCCUGUAUCAAAGAUGGAAACGAUGUCUGCCUGGUUUCUGCUUCUGAUCUGCAUUGGACAUGUUGCCGUGUGUGAUGGGAAAGCUGAAUUACUCGAAAACGGAGCUGUAUCCGUGCCAUGUAGCUUGGAGGCAUAUGAUGCUGACGGAGAUGGCCUGAUAACUGAAACGGAAGUGGAAGACUUCUUUUUAGAAAAUCACUCAGAUGUGGUGGCCGAACUUUGGAGGGAAUCCUUCUUCGUACAAUUUGAUUUAAAUCAUGACCACCUUAUUCAAGUGGAGGAAUUCUAUCUCGAUAAAGCGUAUCAAGAGGACUGCAUUUUAUCUGUCCUGAUGAAGGGAUGAAGAGCCUGCACAGAUCAAACAGAACAGCAUACGCAUUGUUUCCAACUCACCAGUCUUGUUAAUUACACGUUACUGUUAAAUAAAAUCAAUAAAGAAAUAACA